AUGGACAUGGACCUCGAAGACGGCCUCUUUGUCGACGACCAUUCAAGCUACGCCCAAUCACUCUUCACUGAUAGCGACGAGGACGUCGUCGAGGUCACGCCUUCCCCAGCUGCCCACAACAACUCCCGCCCCCGCCGAAGCCGCCACAUCGACUACAACGAGGCAUCCCAGCCCGAGCCCAUCGUUCUGGGCGAUUCGAGCCCUCUGCCUGAUAUAUAUCCAGCCUCGAGCCCUCCGUCCGCGAGCUCCCCGACUCAGUCACACGAACAUCGUGCGCCCACAUAUCUAGAUUAUCUCGAGCCAGACUUUGCCGAAUUCCUAAGGGCCUUUAAUGACGAGGACAUCGCAGUCCAGAGGGCCGAGGUCUACGACACAUUGAGCGGGUUACGCGAUAGCAUCAGCAACCUCCAAAGACUAGCACGAGACACGAACGACCCUAGUCUCGAUCCUUUCCACGACGACUCGGCGACAGAACGACGAAGCCGUUCCGCCACCACCUCUGCCGCCGCCGGCUCGACCACCCCAGGCGGACGGCCUCACCACCACCAUCACCAUCAUCACCACCACCACCACCAUCGCCGCCACCACCACCGUCACCCACGGCACGAUUCUCGCCACCACUCCCACAGCCGACGAGUGCCCAGGAUGAGCGCGGCGCCUGCCGCCGCGGACGGGAUUAUUGACCUUACCGCGGACGAUGAUUCCUCUGUCGAGGUGCAGCCCACUCUGCCGUCCUCUCAGCAGAGCAACAACCCCAGACGCAGUGGACCCAACCGCGUAUCGCCACCCACGCUCGCCCGCACCGACGGCACCAUCUCCCGAUCCAACCUGCAGCCCUUCAUCGACCUGACGGGCGACGACGACAACGAGAUCAACGAGGUCUCCCACCGCCAUCCAUCGCGCGCCGCAGCAUCCCCCGCGCGGCGUCAGAGAACGGCAGCCCGCCUGCGCCAGCCAUCGCUCACGCUCCCCCUACCGCCCUCGUCGGAUCUGCUCGUCGACAUGGGCAUGGGGCCUGGUCCCGCACGACCGACGCCACCACGCGGCGGCGGGCCCCUCUCCAGUCUGGCCGCCCGUCUGGGCAACUACAAUCUGGGCAACUACAACGCCCUGCGCAAUAUCACCUUGAACUGGCGAGAUGUGAGAUUGGACGUCACGGCUGGGACAUACCAGGCCGCGCGAUACGAGACCCCCAAGCCGACCCGCGAGAAGACACCGCCCACGACGGAAGGGUUCACCCGCAACACCAACGCCGACCCCGAGGAGGACAUGGUGGCCGUCUGCCCGCUGUGCAACGAGGAACUCGCCUACGACACGGGCGUUGGCCCGUCCACCGCCACGAGCAAGGCCUCGGGGUCCAGGAAGAGAAAACGGGCGCCGGAGCAUCAUUUCUGGGCGCUCAAAAAAUGCGGCCACGUAUACUGCUACAAUUGUUUCGAGAGAAGGAAAGCGACCAAGAGCAAAACCAGGCCUUCGGCUGGCUUCCCGAGCUCGGGUGCCGCGAGCAACAUCCACUGCGCCGUCGACGGAUGCGAGACGCCCGUGUCGGCUAAGGGUGAAUGGGUGGGGGUCUACGUCUGA